ACAAAGUUGUAAAGAAUCUUUUGUAACUACUUGAGGGCUACCAAACUACCUCACUGGUCACUGAUGUGUGUUUCUAAAUGAUUGAGUAAAAGGAGUGAAUACUCUAGUAAAAAAAAUCCUAAGGUAUAUAUAAGAUCAUGCUGCAGAGUUAAAUCCCUUUGCAUUGGUUAACUACAGAAAAAAGCUGUCCAGACACCCCAAAAUGUAGUUAGAUUAAUAUGAUUUUGCUGAUGUAGGAGAAUUAAGCUGUUCAGACACAAUGCAAUCAUCGGUGGCUUCCCCAGAUCUGGUGAGUCCACCCCAGCAGCUGUACGUAGGCAUUCUGAAUGACCAACACCUACACAUCUGUAAAUUGAAUAAAGCUCACAUAUGCAAAUACAAAAAAAAAAAGUUUCUGCCAACCUCCCCUACCUAAUGUUUUUAAAAUACCUUUCAACAAUCAUGCCAGCAAAACACGCUCCUUCCAAAGCUCACAAAAAACAAGACAUGUAGGAGCACAACUUUUACAAAAGCACACAAUAUGAAAAUCUUAAACACUGAGACAAUCACAGAAACCUGUGCUUCACCAACUAGCCGUGAUAUUACGAGACAAAAGAUUUCCAGAAGCACAGCUAACCACCUUGUGAUUACAGCCUAAGGACACCAUUCCCACAAAAGGAAACAACAGUGUUGUCAGGUGUGCAAAGUGAUUCUUUCCUUCUGAGAAGCAGGAGGAACCUGUAAGUUCGACUGGUGUUAAAGUGCAAAAGACACUCAAAGAAAAAAUACACUUCUGAACAAAGAAAAAAACUCAUCAUACUUUGCACCUGUUUAAGAAAAAAAUCCCUUUAACAAGUUGGUUCUUUAAUAAAGGUGCAAUUAAGUACCACAUCAUUAAAGGAACAGGAAUGAAAACAGUAAAUUCUCAUUAAGAGACAAUGCUAAGGUAUCUAUCUCAUUAAAAAACACUUUCUCCCCUCACUCCUGGUUAUAUAUAAUCUCUUAGGAACUUGGUACUAACAUAGGGUUGCUCCUGAAGUUUAAGAAACUGCUUUUUUUGUGAGCUAAAAAGCUAGAAUUUGUUCCCAUAUUUCUAAGAAAAAGUACUACUUAUUGUGAACAAACACAGCAAUGAGAACAGAAAAACCUUUAGGGAAAACUACUACUCAUUUCAAUAUCACAAACAAGACAUAAGCAUGGGGAAAGUGACAAAUUCUGCAUUCUCUCAAUAACAGGCUCUCUUUCUGUUAACAUUGUAAGCUAGAAUAGAGAAACUUCAAUCACUGUGGCAAGCAGGCAGCUCAUGAAUAGGCUUGCUAACAUCAACAAGACUAUUCGUAUGAACAAAUGCUCAAAAUGACUAUGAGACUUCUUGUAUAUCCUUUGUAAUGUUAAAAUCAGAAGGACUACUGUGGUUUGCAAGUGCUCUCCCACAUGCACUAAGAGCCGAAGGCAAGAGGCAUGCUCAUGCAGUUAAAGACUGAAUCAGUCCUCUGUUUUCAGAUAAAAAUAUUACAGCACAUUCUAACAACAGAACUAAUGGAUUCACAGAUACCAGGCUUUACCUAACUAUAACUAAGGCCUGAAGUUAGAUUCUGAUGUGCAUUGCUCAAGUAAAAUACUACUUUUACUGUCGGAACGGUUAUUGGUUAACUAUGUAUGCAAUUCUGCUUGAAGACCGGGAGAUUUCAAACUACAUUCAAAAAGUAUAGAACCAGGAUGGUAAUACAUAAAGGAUCUGUGAGAAAGGAAGCACUAGAACUAGCAGCAAGGUGGGGUUGCCUGCAUGGUCAGCCCUUCAUUUGAAUGCAAAUGUAAUUUUGGGGCAGGCAGUUAUCUGUGACAUCAGGCAGGACCUUAGUAAACUGUUACCACCAGCACCUGGUAAAACCAUUGUUAAUCAUGUGUAGUAAAGGGACAUCAGGGCUAGCAUGAGUCAUUUAUAGAGCCAGUCAGGGCUAGAAAAGACAGAAAGAAAGAGGAGGGGAAGAGAGAUCAAACAAACCCUGUGAGGAGCAGGAUGUCCCAGCAAGACAAAGCCAGGCUGUGAGCAUCAUGUAUGUGAGUUAUCUUUUGGAUAAAGAAACCAGCAUGUAUCCAGGACCUGCAAGGUGCAGCAACAACAACCUGCCAGUGCAAAACUUCGCAUCUGCUCCCCCCUACUCAGACUACAUGGGAUAUCACCAUGUGCCAGCCCUGGACAACCACGGACAGCCUGCGGGAACCUGGGGAUCCCACUAUGGCCCACAGAGGGAGGACUGGAACGCUUAUGGCCCAGGACCUUCCAGCACGGUGGCUGCUGCACAGAUCAAUGGCUCGUCUCCUGGGCAGGUCUCCUACAGCUCUGCUGAUUACAGCUCCCUCCAUCCUGCUGGAUCCGGGGGGUUACCUCCUGUAGAUACAAUUAAUGCACAGCAAAUCUCUCCCAACAGCCAAAGGCACAGCUCUUAUGAAUGGAUGAGGAAAACGGUGCAAUCUACUUCUACAGGUAAAACAAGAACAAGAGAGAAGUACCGAGUGGUUUACACUGAUCAUCAGAGAUUAGAAUUAGAGAAGGAAUUUCAUUACAACAGAUACAUUACAAUCAGGAGGAAGUCUGAACUUGCUGCAAACCUAAGACUUUCCGAGAGACAGGUGAAAAUCUGGUUCCAGAAUCGCAGAGCCAAAGAAAGAAAAUUAAUGAAGAAGAAAAUGACUCAUUUUGACGGCAGCAAUCUUGGCUCUAUGCAGAGUGACUCUGGCUCAGUGAGCCCAAUGCCAGCUCCUGACCAACAGACUCGUUCAGAAAUGUCCAGUUCUUUAUUUCCACCUCCACCUCCUCCACCUCCGCUUCCAAUGAAUGGCUUGCAGCACAGCGGGAACCUGCAGCAAGUAGUGGCCUCUCAGUAA